AUGUGUGGAAUAAUUGCCUUUUUGACCACGGACGAUUGCCACGAUAGCUGCAUUCCGAAUCUUCAAGCAUCUCUAGAUCUAAUUAAUCAUCGUGGACCAGAUAGUAGAGGUAUUUGGAUUGAUUCUCAUGGUCGUGUCGGACUGGGUCAUAACCGUCUCGCAAUCAUCGAUUUGGUUCAUGGUCAACAGCCAGUCUCGAACGAGACAGAUGAUAUUCAAUUAAUCGUCAAUGGAGAAUUCUACGAAUUCGAAAGAAUUCGUGCAGAAUUAGAAGCAAUAGGUCAUGUAUUUAAAACUAAAAGUGACAGUGAAAUUGCAAUUCACUUGUAUGAAGAGCAAGGACUUUUAUUUCUGAAUUCACUUCGUGGCGAAUUUUCUCUUUGUUUAUGGGAUGCUCGGAAAUCGCUCCUUAUUUGUGCACGUGAUCGUUUUGGAAUCAAGCCGUUAUUUUAUGCGAAUAUUAAUGGCAGACUGGUUGUCGCCAGUGAAAUCAAGGCGUUUCUUCCACUUGGUUUUAAACCCGAGUGGGAUAUUGAUAGUUUAGUCAGUUGUGGGGUCAUGUUCGAUUCUCGAACAAUGUUUAAAGGAGUUUCCAAAUUGUUACCAGGACAUUAUAUGACAGCGACUCUAUCAGGAUCUAUCGAAUUUCGUAAAUAUUGGGAUGGUGAUUAUGCUGUUAAAAACAUUGUCGAGACGCGUUCUACAGAAGAAAUGAUUAGUGGUGUUCGCAAUCGAUUAAUUGAAGCAGUACGUCUUCGUUUGCGAGCAGAUGUGCCUGUGGCUGUAUAUCUCAGUGGUGGUAUAGACUCAUCAGCCAUUCUCGGAAUUGCAACAAGUAUUCUGCAAGAAACAGAUCCGAAUGCUCGAAUGACUGCCUUCACAAUUUCAUUUGUUGAUGGAAAAGAUUUGGACGAAGGCGAUAUUGCCGAACGUACAGCAGCAUAUUGUCAAGCCAAUUUCAAAAAACUUUCUGUAUGCGAAGCAGAUUUAAGUGCUGCUUUCGACGACGUAAUUUGGCAUUGCGAAGCACCCGCGGUCAAUCUUAAUGUUGUGGCCAAAUUUCUUUUGUCUGAGAUGGUACACAAUGAAGGAUUCAAAGUUGUGUUAACUGGCGAAGGAGCUGAUGAACAUUUUGCUGGUUAUUCAUUCCUCAUGGCAGAUUAUCUCAGAGAAGAGGAUAUGGCAUCUGGUUUUGUUAUCGAUCAACGAUUGAUGAAGUUAGAGGCAAUUGAAUCAUCUACUACUAUGUGGGAUGCUCUCGGAAGUUAUCCGAUGUCGUAUUCUGAUUCAGUUGUCGGUCGGCGUAUGCUCAAUGGAAUCAGCACUCAUCGUGUUAUGAGCACCAUACAUGGAAUUCCAAGCGAGAUGUUUACCGAUACUGUUCUCCGACGUACUGGAGAACCAGAUAUAUGCUAUACGAUAGCUGCAUCUAUCGAUGGAAUCGCUCGUUCCAGAGCUAUUACCAAAUGGCAUCCUCUACAUACAGCUCUUUAUAUGUACACAAAAGGAUCACUUCCCAAUUAUCUAUGUAAUCAUCUUGGCGAUCGGACUGAAAUGGCUCAUUCAGUGGAAGGUCGUGUACCAUUCUUAGAUCAUCCUUUAACGGAGUACGUUAAUCAACUUCCUCCAUCUGUAAAAAUCAACUACCCCACUCAAAAAUGGAUUAUGCGGGAAGCUACCAAGCCAUACAUAACUGAUGAACUUUAUCGUCGCGUUAAACAUCCUUUUAACGCUCCUCCAGCACAGACCAUGUACACACCUCAUGGCAUCUAUCUGAACAAGCGUCUCACUCGCGAAACAGUUGAAGCACUUGGUUGGCUUCGUUGGGACUAUGUGGAGAAGAUGAAAAGGUCUUGUUUCGAAGACAAAAGUCGCUUGGCUCAUAAUAUCCUCAAUUUUAUUCUCUCUUGUGUAGUUCUUAGUGAAAAGUUCGGUGUGAAACAAUAUGGAAAGUAG